UUUGUUUUCGCGGAUUAUCGCGCUUCGUUCAAAUUUUUCCCGCGCAACCCGCUGCAUCCUGCGGUGACGUCAUGGCCGGGAUUACCUGCAGCAGUCGGAGGAGCACCGUCUCCAAAGUUUUCCUCGUCCUUGCAGUACUGACGCAGGCACUGGCGGCGGAAGAGAAGCAAAUGGACACCGAGGAAGGAGCGACGAUAUUGUUGCCGUGUCGGUUUACGCCACCGAGUCAAAAAGCCACGUACUUUUGGCUGAGGCACGCGCACGAUCAGCACGACAACGUUGCAGUUGGCGAAAACUCCUUGGCAACAGAUUAUGAGCUCUUCAACAAGCCCGAGGAGGGUAAAUACGACCUGAAGAUCAGGAACGUAUCCUACGAGAGGGACAAUGGAAAGUUCGAGUGCCGAGUGAAGGUGGGAGGAACCGGAGCUGACCUCCACUACGAGGUGACGACGCUGACUGUUCUAAGGGCGCCGGGUCCUCCGGUGAUCUCGCCGAUAUCGCCACCGGCGACGGAGGGAAAGCGUCUGGAACUCCAGUGCAACACUAAGGGCGGAAGUCCGGAACCCCAGGUGACGUGGUACCAGGUUGGAAAGAACGAGCCUCUCGGCAAAGAGCGGACCCUUGUGCUUACGCCGACGAAGGAAUACGACCGGGCAAACUUCCGAUGUACAGUCUGGAACCGGGCCAUGUCGAAGGGCCACACCUUGGACGCAACGGUUACCUUGAACGUCAAUUACUUCCCACGAGUCACGGUUGGCCCUAAGAACCCGCUCAAGGUCGAAGCGAACGGGACCGCAACCCUCGUCUGCGACGUAGACUCGAAGCCGACCGUUGGCUCGGUCAGAUGGAUGCGAGACACCAGCUUCAUCGCGACGACCUUCCGCCACGUGAUACCAAAGGUGACACUACAGGACGCGGGAACCUAUUCCUGCCAAGCCGAUAACGGGCUCGAACGCAAAGGCGAGAACUCACUCACCCUGGACGUCCUCUAUCCACCAACGGUCGCCAUCGAGGGUGGCUCGAUCCGCGACGCUGACGUCGAGGACACCCUGACGGUGCACUGUAACGUCUCCGCAAAUCCGGCACCAUCGAUCAUCGAGUGGUCCAGGGAAGGUCGACCCGAGUUUCGACAGUCCAGCAACAUCCUUAGACUGACGAGAGUCACCGCUGACCACGCCGGUAACUACACCUGCAAAGCCGUCAACACUAUCCAUCCCACCGGUGGUGAGUCCAGGGAGCAUUUCGCUUCUGCUUCGGUCGUCAUUCGCGUUCGACACAAGCCAGGACCAGCCAGGGUCACUCCGGACUCUCCGGUCGCCGCUGAAGGGUCUCGCGUAAUUCUCACCUGCAUGGCCAUUCCCUCCGGGUGGCCAGAGCCGCAGUACAAAUGGUGGAAGGAGGGCGAAAGCCCGCGUGGUCUUUCCGGUGAAAUGUUCGGACCUAAGUACGUCAUUGACUCUGUUCAUCUCGGCAGUGAAGGGACCUACAAGUGUCUCGCUAUGAAUGAAAUCGGCAAUGGAGAACCAGCUUACGUCAAGCUCACCGUCCACCAGGAACCCAAGUUUCUUACCAAGCUUCAGCCCCAUGUCACGAGAACUGUGGGAGAGUCUUCGUUCUCGGUGUCUUGCACAGCGAAAGGUAAGCCAGAGCCGAUCGUCCGCUGGCUGAAAGAUGACGAGGAAUUAACCGCGGGAACAGGUCUUUACGACGUGAGCACGAAGCCGAUGGGAGGAAGAAGCAAUCUGACGACGGUGCAGUCGACGUUGAGUUUCGUGGGUUACUCUCGUCCGCAGACGGACAAGAUAAUCCCUAGUGACCGGGGCAAGUACACCUGCGUAUUCGAGAACGAGGUGAAGAAAGUGGAGUCGACGAUGAUGCUGAAGGUGGAGCACGCGCCGAUAGCCGUUCACCAGCACAAUAAGGUCGCCUAUAACCUUAAGCAGACCGCAGAAAUCGCGUGCAAAGUCCAAGCCUGGCCGAAGCCCGAAUUCCAAUGGAGCUUCGGCACGAAUACGGCCCCACUUCAGAUGUCGAGCGAUGGUCACUACGAGAUCAGCACCACCUUCGACAACUACGACGUCUACACCUCCGUCCUCAGGAUGAGCGACAUCCGUGAGCGCGACUACGGCGACUACAAUUGCCGCGUUGCUAACGGCCUUGGAACCAUCAACUCCACCAUCCGUCUCCAGCCGAAAGGCGCCCCGGAGAAACCGACCAAGAUAAGCGCCAUGGACGUCGGUCCUUCCUACGUCGUCCUUCUCUGGGAACCCGGCUUCGACGGUGGCCUUCCGAACACCAAGUACUUCGUGUCCUACAGACGGACCGCCGGCGGCGACGAAGUCGUCGCCUCGGACUGCGUGGCACCCAGAGGACCAGCGGGCCAGUGGCUCGAGACCGACUGCCAAGGGUCUAAUCCCUGUAACGUUACGAGCCUGGACCAGCACCAGACCUACUCGUUCAAGGCGAAGGCCUACAACGCCAAGGGCGAGAGCGAGUACUCGGAGGAGAUCAGCGCCACCACGUCCGUCGCGAAGAUACCCUCACCCCAAAGGGUCAGCUACGACCCGGAGGACGGAUCCCUCAAGAUAUACGUCGGGCCCACUUGUCUGGCCCUCGUUGCCGCCGUUGAAAAAUCCCAGGAAUCCGACAACACCUGGGGGCUCGUCGACAUGUGGCAACUCGAGGUACUUGGAAGCGACGCAACCAUGCGCGAUGGCAUUCUCAACCUCGAUGCUGCUACCAACGAAUCUCCUCGCGUCAGGGUCAGACUGUGUCUUAAAACUGAUCACCAAAAGUGCGGAGAGUACACUGACGCUGAAUUCGGUCCAUCGUACAUUGCACAGUCUGGGACAUUGGCGACGCCAACGUUGAUCGCCUUGGUGGUGAGCGGAGCAGUUUUCCUCUUGUUUGCGGCGUUGCUUCUGCUGUUUUGUCGAUGCCGACGUAAGCACGCGGCGAAAGCAAAGGACUACGACAUGGACUCGAACGCAGUCAGGCCCAGCCUCGUCACCGGAAAUGGCCAACAGACCCAGGCUCCGCCGCCAUACUACGCCGAGAAUAAGGCCCUCGAACACAGCCUGGACCUUGCCUUGGCUCUCGAAGACCCAAAGAGUCCCGCCUACGCUCAGCCCGGCUACGGGUACCAUCAGCCAAACCACAACAUUAACGGUGAUAAUGGAGUGAACAUGGGCUACAUGGACAACAGCUAUUCGAACUCGAACAACGGAGGCUCGGUCAAUUCCCAGGACUCUCUAUGGCAGAUGAAACGGGCCGCUGCAAAUGGCGGAAAUCCUCCCUACGACCCUAUGCAACAUGGUGGAUACGGAACCACGGACCCUGACUAUGCGACCUACCCUCAUCUCACUCAGCACGAGGAUUACAGGGAGAGCUACAACCCCAGCCGACAAGAAUUCUGCCCCGAUCCGUACGCGGCUGUCGUUAAGUCCAAGAAGCACAUGGACUCCCCGUACCACGACGUUUCCGGUCUGCCAGACCCGUACCUGGAGGGUCUCGACGAGGACGCGAAGCCGCCACAGCACGUGAGUCUCUCCUACGACGAGAGCCUGGAGUCCGGAUACUCGACCCCGAACAGCCGUGGCCGUCGGGUGAUCAGGGAAAUAAUCGUCUGA